CCACUCAUCUGUUUUGCCUUGCCGGAUUUUGUGAUUCAUAUUUUUGUAGAGAAAAGUGGUGGGAAUUUAGCGAAAACAUGGCCAAAAACACGUCCAGCAACGCGUUCCGCAAGAUCGAUGUGGACCAGUACAAUGAGGACAACUUCCGGGAGGAUGAUGGGGUGGAGAGCGCGGCAGCCGGUCCGGAUGAGAGCGAGAUUACGACGCUGCUGACGCAGGGAAAAUCCGUGGAGGCGCUCCUGAGUGCGCUGCAGAAUGCCCCGCUGCGCUGCAAGAACCAGAAUGUGAAGGACCACGCCCUGAACAUCACGCUGCGGGUGCUGCUGUCCAUCAAGUCGACGCAAAUGGACCAGGCCAUCGACACCUUGGACCAGAACGACCUAAUAGACGUGCUGAUGAAGUACAUAUAUCGGGGAUUCGAGAUCCCCUCGGAGGGCUCCAGUGGCCACCUGCUGCAGUGGCAUGAGAAGGCCUUCGCCAAGGGAGGAGUGGGCUGCAUUGUCCGCGUGCUGUCCGACACAAAUCGCGCCUAGAGGAGAUCAGCACAGCCAAAGGCGGUCAUAGAGUCACUACCCCAACUGUUCCCUGCCCCAUAAACCGAUUCAUACGCAUCGCGGAGCAUUUAAUCAACACAGGAUUGGAGCACUGGACACCACAUCCUUAUCUUCGGGAUUUGCCACGCCCCAGCUGGAACCCACUUCUGUUUCUUCGCCGCAAUACAAAUGACGUUUUCCAAAUUAGAUUUUAACUGGUAUCCAAGUAUUAAAGUUUUUAUUACGAAAGGUGAGUGGCAGUGAUUUCAAUCAGGGGAACGAACGUACUUCUAGUUCACUCAAGCCACACCUACAUGUAACAUAAUUUGUAAGAAAAAUUUUGUUUUUAGUAAGGCUAAGCAAUUGCUACGCAUCUCAAAACUCAGGAAGAUUCAACUCCUAUCAGAUUUAAACACUUAUUAAUCUUCAGACUGAGCCUAGCAACUUUACGAACAUAAUGGCUUAUCUAAUCGAAAUUCCAGGUGUAUCAUUCAACAUGAUGACGUUGCCUUCGUAAACUUUUAGCUGCCGUGACAG